GGUGGGGGCAGUUGAUGACAUGACCAAGUGCUUGUCCACUGGUGGUCCCACCAGCCCCUGUGCCUGCGGGGUGGCCGAGCGGUGCCAAAGAGCCAUUGAGGACAUCCCAAGGCUCCUUCGACCUCCGGAGUGUCCCCAAAUCAUCCCCAAGCUCUCCCCAGUGAGCAUGGAGCCCCAAAAGCUGUCCUUGGCCCUGCUGAAGCACAACAUUGCUAAGCCCUUCCAGCACUGCUGUUGCGACUCCGAUCUUGCUGACGCUCCCACCUCCCUGUGCCCGGCCCUGGCCGCCUACGAGAACAUCCCAUGGACCACCUGGGGUGAGAAGGGACCAGGUGACAAUGGUGGCCAGCGAGUGGCACAGGUCGGUGUCCACGUUGGAGGACAGCUGGACCCAACUGACCAGAGAGGCCAUCAAGCUCCGGGACUCCUGCAGGGACAUGGCCAACGGCAGGGGCAUCACAACGGCCAUGGAAGAAGUCUCAAGAAAGGGCAUAGAAAAGGCCUUGGGGGGGGCCAUAAGAGAAGGUGUCACAGAUGUGGGACAGGAUGUGGGAGGGGCUGUGGUGGCCAAGAGCCAGGCAAGGGGAGUCAAAACGAUGAGACAGCAGGCGGAGGAGCCCCUGGGGCUGCUGAAGCACCUGGUGAUUGCAUGUAGAAAAAUCACAGUGUUCUCCCGGCAGCUGCAGCACAUGGCUGGGGGGAUCACAGACACCAUGAGUGGGACAGGGGAGCCAUGCCGCGAUUUCCGCGCUGCUUUGGCAGCCAAGGUGACCAGGGCUGAGUGGCUGUGGGUGGCCAGCAGCCUCCUGGCCAGGGACCACUUGGUGGGGGCACUUGGGGACGUCCACACCAUCUUCAGGUGUGGUGACCCCGAUGGCUCCAUCGCCUGAGCGGUGCCAAAAAGCUGCCCAGGACAACCCAAAUCUGCUGCAGGGACAGUGAUGUCACCAAUGUGAGGUCAUCAGGGCAGUGACAUCAUUGGGGACAUGGCUGGCAUCACCUGUUCUCUUCCCCCAUCUCGCCAUGUAGGGUUUGAAACAAAUAUAGGGAAUUUUCUGAGAAUUUUCACUGAAAUUGACCCAAAUCCUGAUGGGAAUUCCCAGGGUAAUGUCACUGGGGACACUCAGGGACAUUCUGGGGACACUCAGGGACAGGGGUGAAUGAGUCCCAUCAAGAUCUUCCAGCUUUUCACUGUGCCUGCAGCAGAGAUGGGUUAUAAAUGACACUAACUGGCUUCUGCAUUUCUGUAUUGGCUUUUCCGCAUUGUUAUGAAUCACCAGCAAUUUGAUUAUGGAGGGGCUUUGACAGCUGGCCUGCAAGCAAAGCUGAGUUAAGAGAAGAAGUAACAAUUGAUGGUUACUAAAUGUAUCCAUAGCAAGGGAGAUGACAAGGCCGUCAGCAUGGAAACGAUUGGAAAAGAUAGAUGAAAAUUUUUGUUAGCUGCACUAUGUGCCUAAGUACAUGUGUAUACGUGCCUUAUUAAAUUUCUGUAAAACUUUUGCCAAUUAUAUUGACGCUAAUUGCUUUGCACCAAUUAAUAUCAAGCUUUGUUAAGAGUAUAUAAACUGGAGAACAUGCAGAAUAAAAAACUUUAUCUUCUUGGA